AUGGCAGAUCGGUGUAAGCUUUCUGCUGCCAUUGUAUCCGAUUCUGUGGAAAGGUCGUACUUGCUCAAGGUAGACGGCUUCAAAGGGCACGACUGGAUUCUGAGGUAUUACCCCAACGGUGGUAGAUCGGAAAUCGGUGAUUCUGCCCGUUACGUAUCCCUGGUUGCUGAAUGUUCUGAUGCUAUUGAUGACCUACCAAGACCACCCAUUGAUCUGCGUGAUAGAGAUGGGGAACCAGAACCGCCAUACGUCGUCAGCACCAUCUAUUCAUGGCCAGGGUGCCCUACUUUGUCUGGCGGCCUCAGUUCAUAUUAUCGCUUCCUCAUAGAUAAGGCGGAGCUGGAGCAAUCAGGUGAUAUAAUAGAUGACUGUUUCAGCAUUAUGUGUGUUCUUACUCUCAGUGAAGAGACUAUGGAUGACCGUUUUGUUGUGGUUCCUCCAAGCAACCUGCACCUGCAUUUCGCUGACCUGCUAGAGAGCAUGGAUGGAGCGGACGUGACCUUUCAUGUCGCCGGACGGAUGUUCUCGGCCCAUAGGCUCAUUCUCGCCGCGAGGUCACCUGUUUUCAGGGCGGAGCUCCUUGGAGCCAUGAAGGAGAAAGCCGGCGGUCCCAUUGAAAUCCAUGACAUGGAAGCUGAUGUGUUCAAGUGCUUGCUCCAUUUCAUAUACACCGACUCACUGCCUGAUCUUCAAAUGGCUAGCAACCAAGGUGAAGCACAUCUAGAUGUGAUGAUGGCUAGCCACCUACUCGUGGCAGCAGACAGGUACAAUAUCGAGAGGCUGAAACUGAUAUGCAAGCACAAGUUAUGCAGCCACAUUGAUGCCGACAUGGCGGCGACCAGUUUGGUGUUAGCUGAGCAGCAUUGCUGCAAUGGACUCAAGGAAGCCUGUCUACAGUUCCUUGCUUCUCCUUCCAAUUUGGAGGCGGUGAUGACAAGUGAUGGCUAG